CUCACAGGCGACCAGCUGUGUUUUUCAAAAUGAAAAGGAUAUUUCCAUUUGGCCUUCGUUGGGUGGUUGACUAUGGGGUGAAAUCAAUAGAAACAUAGUUAUUCGAGAUGUACUUUAGAGUUAGUGUGAAUAGUUUUAUAUCCGUGGUGAUUGUACUCCUGGUGGCUGUCUAUUGGUACCGUCUUCCGGCGAGAAAUGAUGUUCCAAAAAAGUCCCCUAGAAGACCGCCGAAUCCGGAGGAUCCCCUACCACCCUCCAAUUCGCCGCUCCAUCGAUUCGCCCGGGCAGCCAUUUGUUCCGACAGCGAUGUGUGCAGCGAUUUGGGCCGCAAGGUCCUGGAAAAAGGAGGCAGUGCGGUGGAUGCGGCCCUGGCUGCCCUCAUUUGCAACGGACUCAUCGGGAUGCAGAGCAUGGGAAUCGGUGGCGGCAUGGUGAUGAACAUCUACUCGGCCAAGGAGCGCAAAUCCUAUUGCAUUCUGGCCCGGGAAAUCGCUCCAUUGACGCUGCGGGCGGAGAACUUCUCGUCCUUUCGCGAUGAGCAGGAGUUUAAGAGAUCCGGAUGGUCCAUCGCUGUGCCCGCGGAAUUGGCCGGAUAUGCGGUGGCCCACCAGAAAUUCGGGCGGCUGAAAUGGGUGGAGCUGGUGCUGCCCACUUUGGAGCUGUGCCGGCGUGGUUAUCCAAUGUAUAAGCACCAGUACGAUGCCCUCAUUCUCAACCAGGACAUGAUCAGGGCUGAUCCUGGCCUGCGGCGGAUGUUCAUCGAUCCCGGAACGGGGCAUUUCUGGCCCCUGGGUCAUCUCAUCCGACCCUCGGAGCAAUUGUGCACCACCUACGAACGGUUGGCCAGGGAGGGACCCCUCAGCUUUUACAGAGGAUCCAUCGCCGAUGAUCUGCUGGCCGAUCUGAAGGACAUUGGCAGUCUUAUAUCCAGGGAGGAUCUGAACCGAGCCCAUGCCAAGUUGAGCAAGGCCUUGGUGAUGCCUCUGGAUGAGCAUGAUCUCCAUUUGACCCCUCCACCUGGAAGUGGCCAUGUCCUGGGAUUCAUAAUGAACAUAUUAAGGGAGUACCGAACGGAUUUCUCCAGAAUCGAAACAAUGGGGGCCCGGGAGAUUCACCUGAUGGUGGAGGCCAUGAAGUUUGGCUUUGUCAAGCGUUGGCAACUAGAUGAAUCAGCUAAUGAGGAGCUUUUGGCGAAUUUGACGAGCCACGAAUUGGCGCAAUCCAUAGCCAAGAAAAUCAAUGACUCACAGACCUUCAACAGUUCUGAGUUUUAUGGAGCUUCAUCUGAGAUACAAAUACGGGAUGAGCACGGCACUGCCCACACUUCAGUUCUCCAUGGAAACGAUGCCGUUUCGGUGACCAGCUCAAUUAAUUUCUAUUUUGGUAGUGGACGGACGGGAAAGCGAACCGGAGUGAUCUUCAACAACGCCAUGUCCGACUUCUCCAUGGAACAGAUUAAGAACUACUUUGAUCUGCCAUUUGUUCGCGAUGUCAAUGGUAUAGCCCCCGCCGCCCGUCCCAUGUCCUCGAUGAGUCCGGUGAUUGUCACGGAACGCUCCUCUGGGAAAGUUCGUUUGGUUGUGGGUGCCGCCGGCGGUACCAAAAUAAUCUCCUCCCUGGCUCCACUGCUCGUCCGGAUCCUUUGGCAAAGGGCAAGCAUCAAGUCCGCCAUCGAUGCCAGUCGCAUCCAUCACCAAAUGCUACCCAAUCUUUUAUCCUACGAAUAUGGACUACUCCAAAGCCAGGUGAGGAGCUUGGAGGACAAGGGACAUCGCUGCGAGCGAUAUGAAAACCGGGGAUCCGUCAUCUGCGGAAUCGACCAACAAAAUGGAACCAUCUGGGUAAACUCCGAUUUCCGAAAGCCAGGUGGAGUUAGUGGUUUCUAAAAGGCUGAUUAAGUGGUAUAUCCCUAUCUUCCGCUUCUGUAGAUCUCAAAGUACUAUAAAAAUCACAAUAUCGAUGGUAUAAUAUCAGUAUUAUAUAAAGUAUUCCAUAUUUGUAAGAGGCUUAAACGUUCCCUGCUCAAAGAUAUAUGAAUUUAGAGUUCUAUUCAACUUUCAGCAUUCAAUUCAAUCAAAACAAUUUUCCCUAUACCAAUUUAGGUAAGGCAUAUUCUGUAAAAGUGGUUUAGAAACGAUCAAAAAUACCUUUAAAUAAUAACCUUACAAUUAAAAUACUAAAUCAAUAUCAAAUAUGCACAUCGAGACGGUAUUAAUAUUAAU